AUGGUGUCCAAGAUUGUGAAGAAGAGCGCCAACAGGCGGCGCACCCGCGGCAAGUCCUCAGCGAAAAAGGCUGCAGCCGCGGCCUCCUCCGCUGUGCUCUCCUCGAUCUUCACUUGCCAGCGCCGCCUCAUCAAGCUCUUCACCAAGCUAGCGCGAAUAGGGACCCCCAACCGCCACAAAGGAUUCAAGAUCCUCAAGAAAUCCCAAAUCCACGAGCCCGAACCCGGAUCAGAAGACCCGAUCCGACGCAAUCUUUUCUUCGACACCCCGCUCCCACCGCUGGUCUCUGAGGAGAAGCCGACCGUGUUUCUUGAUCUCGACGAGACGCUGGUUCACUCUCAGGCCGAGCCGCCGCCGGAGAAGUACGAUUUCGUCAUACGGCCGAAUAUCGACGGCGUAGCCAUGAAUUUCUACGUGCUGAAGCGGCCUGGUGUGGACGAGUUGUUGGUGAAUCUUGCAGAGAAGUACGAGUUGGUAGUGUUCACGGCCGGGUUGAGAGAGUACGCGUCGCUGGUGCUGGACCGGUUGGACCGUAACCGGGUCAUUUCGCACCGGCUCUACAGGGACGCGUGUAAAGAAGUGGAUGGGAAGUUGGUGAAGGACUUGUCCGGGUUAGGGAGGGACUUGAGCCGGGCGGUGAUUGUGGAUGAUAAUCCAAAUUCAUAUUCUUUACAACCGGAGAACGCCGUUCCAGUCCGACCGUUUGUGGAUGACAUGGCAGACCGGGAGCUGGGGAAGUUGAUGGAGUUCUUUGAUGGGUUGAAAUGUGAUGAUAUGAGGGAUGCUGUGAAGCAGUUUGUUGCGGCUGCUGGCGGCAUCGGCGGCGGAGCCAAAGAUGAUGAAGCAGUGUGA